GCAGCCCAAGCCCGGGGCGGGGAGACGCGGACCCGGCCGCCUCGGGACCCCGGAACCCAGGACUCCUCCGGGCCGCCGGCCCGCCCCGCCCGGCUCCCGCCGCCGCCGCCGCCCGGAACCAGAAGAUGUGCUCCAGAAUCCCCCUGUCCCUGGUGCUGCUGCUGCUGGCCCUAGAGCCCGGGGUACAGGGCUGCCCAUCUGGCUGCCAGUGCAACCAGCCACAGACGGUCUUCUGCACUGCCCGUCAGGGUACCACGGUGCCCCGUGACGUGCCACCCGACACGGCAGGCCUGUACAUCUUCGAGAACGGCAUCACCACACUGGACGUGGGCAGCUUUGCCAGCCUGCUGGGGCUGCAGCUCCUGGACCUGUCGCAGAACCAGAUCGCCAGCCUGCCCGGCGGGGUCUUCCAGCCACUCGCCAACCUCAGCAACCUGGACCUGACUGCCAACAGGCUUCGCGAGAUCACCAACGAGACCUUCCGUGGCCUGCGGCGCCUGGAGCGCCUCUACCUGGGCAAGAACCGCAUCCGCCACAUCCAGCCCGGAGCCUUUGACACGCUCGACUGCCUCCUGGAGCUCAAGCUGCAGGACAAUGAACUGCGGGCCCUGCCCCCGCUGCACCUGCCACGCCUGCUGCUGCUUGACCUCAGCCACAACAGCCUGCCGGCCCUGGAGCCUGGCACCCUGGACACUGCCAACGUGGAGGCGCUGCGGCUGGCCGGCCUGGGGCUGCGGCGGCUGGACGAAGGGCUCUUCAGCCGCUUACGCAACCUCCACGACCUGGACGUGUCUGACAACCAGCUGGAGCGCGUGCCGCCUGCCAUCCAGGGCCUGCGGGGCCUGACGCGCCUGCGGCUGGCUGGCAACACCCGCAUUGCCCAGCUGCGGCCCGAGGGCCUGGCCGGCCUGGUGGCCCUGCAGGAGCUGGACCUGAGCAACCUGAGCCUUCAGGCCCUCCCGCAUGAGCUCUCGGGCCUCUUCCCCCGCCUGCGGCUCCUGGCAGCCGCCCGCAACCCCUUCAACUGUGUGUGUCCCCUAAGCUGGUUUGGGCCUUGGGUACGGGAGAGCCGCGUGGCGCUGGCCAGCCCGGAGGAGACACGCUGCCACUUCCCACCCAAGAACGCUGGCCGCCUGCUCCUCGACCUCGAGUAUGCUGACUUCGGCUGCCCGGCCACCACCACCACGGCCACGGUACCCACCACGAAGCCCGCGGUACGGGGACCCACGUUCUCACCUUCCAGUCCAGCUCCCACCUGGCUCGCCCCCACAGAGCCGGCCACUGAGGCCCCCAGCCUGCCCCCUGCCGCCCCGCCCACUGUGGGGCCUCCCCCCCGGCCCCAGGACUGCCCGGCGUCCAUUUGCCUCAACGGGGGCACCUGUCACCUGGGGGUGCAGGGCCACCUGGAGUGCCUGUGCCCUGAGUUCUUCGUGGGCCUCUACUGCGAGAGCCGGGUGAGGCAGGGGCCCCAACCCAGCCCGGCCCCGGGCACCCUGGAACCGCCCCCACCCCUGCCCCUGGGCAUCGAGCCGGCGAGCCCCACCUCCCUGCGUGUGGGGCUGCAGCGCUACCUGCAGGGCGGCACCGUGCAGCUCAGAAGCCUCCGCCUCACUUACCGCAACCUGUCAGGGCCCGACAAGCGGCCGGUGACGCUGCGCCUGCCCGCUUCACUUGCUGAGUACACGGUCACCCAGCUGCGGCCCAAUGCCACCUAUUCCAUCUGUGUCAGGCCUCUCGGGGUCGGGCGGGUGCCCGAGGGCGAAGAGGCCUGUGGGGAGGCCCGCACACCACCAGCCAUCCGCUCCAACCACGCCCCGGUCACACAGGCGCGAGAGGGCAACCUGCCGCUGCUCAUUGCACCUGCCCUGGCUGCCGUGCUCCUGGCCGCACUGGCUGCUGUGGGGGCGGCCUACUGCGUGCGGCGGGGGCGGGCGGCAGCGGCCAUAGCUCAUGGCAAAGGACAGGUGGGGCCCGGGACUGGGCCCCUGGAGCUGGAAGGAGUGAAGGCCCCCUUGGAGCCAGGCCCCAAGGCGACUGAGGGUGGUGGGGAGGUUGCACCCAGCGGGCCUGAGUGUGAGGUGCCACUCAUGGGCUACCCAGGGCCGGGUCCCCAAGGGCCCCUCCCCACCAAGCCCUACAUCUAAGCCGGGGAGCAACACGCUGCUAGGCUGGGCUCUCAGCCAGGCUGGCGACCCACCAGCGCCCUCCUGCUGCCAGACCAAGGAAGUUCUCAGAUCCCUACAAAGAGGACACAUCAGGGUGGGGGCUGUGUGACCACAGGAAGACCCCACCCCUCCAUUUCCUCAUCUAUGAGAUCCUAGGACCCAGGUGGCCACCUCUAAGGUGCCCCGAGCCUGAGUGCCUACGAGGAUGGCGUCUGCCCUGUCCUCUGCCAAGUACAGCCCCUGGGGAAAGGUGGGGCGGGCCCUGCUGUGUGCUGGUAACACAGGCCCAGGGCUCCCAGGCCCCCAUCCCAAGGAGACUCUGAGGGCCAGUGAAGGAAGCCCCCAGAAAGAUGGCAGAGGGAGAGUGGGACUGGGGAUGGGGCAUGUAGGUCAGCCCCGGCCCCAAGGAGCAAAGGAACAAAAGAAACUGGAAAGACAGACGCUUUAGGAACAUGUUUUGCUUUGGUUUUUAAAAAUAUAUUUAUAAGAGAUUCUUUCCCAUUUAUUCUGGGAAAAUGUUUUUCAAACUCAGAGACAAGGACUUUGGUUUUUGUAAAACAAACAAUGAUAUGAAGGCCUUUUGUAAGAAAAAUAAAAGAUAAAAUGUG